CAAAAUUGAAAAAAUCAGUCUUCAAUGGCUUCUCUGCUGAACCCACCUCUCACUCUGCCUCAAAACAAGCUGAAUCCUGGGGGUGUCCUCGCUGCAUCUACUAGUGGAAUACCAAGCAAAAAAUUUCAGCCAUCUUCAACACGAUGGAGCCACAGGAGUUGUUUGCUGAUGAGAGCUAAAACAUCAGUGGAAACGGAUAUGCUGGCGAAUGAUUCUGUAGGCACCGAUGCUGUUGAUGAUAAGGAUUUCGGAGUUGUUUGCAUGCACCACGUUGGAAUACUAUGUGAAAACCUUGAGAGGUCAUUAGACUUUUACCAGAAUAUUCUUGGACUAGAAAUAAAUGAGGCAAGACCACAUGAAAAGCUUCCCUACAGAGGUGCUUGGUUGUGGGUGGGUUCUGAAAUGAUACAUCUUAUGGAGCUUCCAAAUCCAGAUCCCUUUACCGGCCGACCUGAGCAUGGGGGCAGAGAUCGUCAUACCUGCAUAGCAAUUCGCGAUGUGUCUAAGCUGAAAGCUAUUCUUGAUAAAGCUGGCAUUCCCUACACCCUUAGUCGCUCUGGGAGACCAGCCAUUUUCACUCGAGACCCUGAUACUAAUGCACUAGAAUUUACUCAAGUUGAUGCUUGACAGGAUCUGGACUGCUUGCUCUCCAAUUUGCAAUCCUUAUAUUGUUAAAUAUACAGCUAUUGUGAAUAUACAUAUAGGGGAUAUUCAACAAGUAGAAUCAAUAGCUCUUUGAAGCACUUCAGCUAUUAGUGGUUAUGGCUUAUCAAUCCCCACAAAUGUCAUGUGCUAUUUAUAUGAUUUGAACAUCUGUGGUUAAUACAAUUUUCGCGAAUAAGCGUUCUGUUUACUCAUAUUUAAAUAA